CUAUACCCAUGCAGGUGGAUGGCGAGGCGUGUCGCGUGAAGCCGUCGAUUAUCGAAAUGAGUUUGUUAAAUAAGGCGGUUAUGCUGGCCAAACGGAAGCACGGUCGUGGCGAUGUACAGGUGAAUCCUUUGGAGAAAUUGCAUUUGACGAUUUUACGAAUAACAAUGCAGCAAUACGAGCAACACCACUACGAUAAGGAGAUGUUGCGGAAAUUGGCCAACAAGCUGGGCAAAAUGGAAAUCGAGUCACAAUGCGAUUUGGAACAAGUGCGCAACAUACUCAAUGCCAAAUUCGAGGAGUCGAUCACAUACCCGAAGGUGUCGCAAGAUUGGUGCUUCAUCGAUUCCUGCACCGCUGAACAUUACUUCCGCAUCGAUCGCGCCCAAGAGCAUUUGCACUACAUUUGCGACAUUGCCAUCGAUGAGUUGUAUAUUUUGGACCAUGAGGCUGCCACCAUGCCACAGACGCCCGACCAGGAGCGCUCCUUUUCCGCCUACUCGCAGCGGAUUGGCGCGCAAAAUGAGCGCCGCAGUAUGGACCCACAAGGCCGUUCCGGCAGCACCGGUACGCAAUUACCCUACAUAAGUAAACGAAUGUUUUGCAAUUAUUAUUACCGCAAGAAGCGUUACGAGUUGUAAGGCGGCUUUUUAUGUUUUUUUACAUAUUUAUUUGGUUUUUUUUUGAAACACUUGUAAGGCGAAUUUGCGUAAGUUUGUGCAUACACAAAUGAAGGGGACAUUUAAAACGCGGGAAAAUUGUGGGGAAAAAUUGUUUGCAUAAAAGUGGAUAAACAGCAAUUAUUUUAAUGCAAUUUAAAAAA